ACUCUUUGAAACGGCCCAUUUCUUUUGAGCGGUCAAACAAUUUGCAAGCUCCAUAAAAUUCCCGCGGUUAGGGCAUUUUGUUUUCGAUUCUUCCGCAGACCCUCCCAUGGAUUCCUCUGCCUCUCCCAACGCGAGAAAGAAGGCUAAGAACCGAUCGCCAGAAAUCAAGUUUCACUUAGACCUUACUCACUGUUCGAGAAACAAAGAUUUAGUUUCGGCAAUAGCCGUCUACGAAGCUGCAGUUUCGGAGAACUUGAAAUUCAAUCAGCAGCACUUCAAUACUCUCCUCUACCUCUGUUCUACCGCAAUUUCUGCCCCGUCGUUGAAAGAAUCCGCGGCCAGUUUUGGGUUUCGUGUUUUUAAUCACUUGCAAUCACUCGGCGUUGCUCCGAAUGAGGCCACAAUCACAGCCGUCGCGAGACUUGCUGCGGCGAAAGGGGACGGCGAUUAUGCGUUUGAGUUGGUGAAGGCCGUUGGGAAGUAUAGUGGUGCGCCCCGGUUGCGCACGUAUGAUCCGGCAUUGUUUUACUUUUGUGAGAAUUUGAAGGUGGAUAAGGCUUAUGAGGUGGAACAAUACAUGGGUUCCACAGAGGUGGUGUUAGAGGAGCCUCAGUUAUCUGCGCUUUUGAAAGUGAGUUCAGAGACAGGGAGAGGGGAUAGAGUAUAUGAGUAUUUGCACAAACUGAGACGUUCUGUUAAGUGUGUAGCUGAGUCCACUGCAAAGGCUAUUGAGGAUUGGUUUUGUAGUGAGAAGGCGUCUGAUGUGGGUGAAUUGAGUUGGGAUUUGGGUCUAAUCCGAGAGGCGAUUUCGAGUAAUGGAGGGGGUUGGCACGAAAAGGGGUGGAUUGGGAAGGGAAAUUGGGCGGUGAGAAGAACAAAUGUUGAUUCCAGUGGCAAAUGCUGCUCUUGUGCUGAGCAAUUGUUCUCUGUUGAUAUUGGUUGUGACGAGACGGAGAAGUUUGCUCAGUCUUUGGCUGAUUUUGCCAUUGAAAGAGAGACUCAGCCGAAUUUUAGAAGCUUUCAGGAGUGGUUGGAAACACAUAAUCAUUGUGGUGCUGUUGUGGAUGGAGCAAAUAUUGGCCUCUACCAGCAAAAUUUUGCAGAUUCAGCUGGAUUUAAUCUUCCUCAGGUUGAUGCUGUUGUCAAAGAAUUAUAUAAGAUGAGCGGAGGGAAAUGGCCAUUAGUUUUCUGGCACCAUAAACGCACCAGGACUCUGUUGGAUAAUUCUUCUCUUAGAAGACAUGUUGAGGAAUGGAUGAACAAAGGUGUUCUGUAUACAACGCCUAUUGGUUCAAACGAUGAUUGGUAUUGGCUGUACGCUGCUGUAAAAUUGAAGCGCUUGCUUGUCACAAAUGAUGAAAUGCGAGAUCAUAUUUUUGAGCUUUUGGGAAGCAACUCAUUUCUCAAGUGGAAAGAGAAACAUCAAAUUCGUUACACUUUUGUUAAAGGUCAACUGAGACUUGAGAUGCCUCCCGUUUACUCUUCAGUAAUUCAGGAAUCAGAAACAGGAUCCUGGCAUGUUCCAAUCGCAGGCAAUGACUCUGAAUCAGAAAGAACUUGGUUGUGCAUUACCAGGCCAGGUCUUUCUGCAGCCUCCGAAAACCUGGUGAAUGCUGAAAGUUCUAAAAAUCGAGAGUCAUGUGCAUCAAUGAGUGUAGCCAAUUAUAAUCAACUGAAUGAUUCGUCCAUGGCACGUAAAAGAAAAGAGAGGCCCCCAUCGACCUCGUAGCUGCAUAUCAUUGCCUUAGAGGCUCUAAACCCAUCUUCACUUGCUUGUUUCUGCAUAUGACAGCCAUCAAUGGCGGCAGGGUCCUCUACAGAACUACCAGGCAAUGAUUCUCUGUAAGUUUUCUGGAUUCUGCUCAGAUUGGUGUUUCGGCAGAAAGCAUGCCUGAUGAUUCUUUGUCCUCAAUUUUUGAUCUGCCUAAAUUGUUGUAUUUAUUUUUCUGGACGAUGACACAAUGUUGUAUCCUAUCUUGUUAGUCACUUUCUUAUUUUUAAGAAAAAAUAUUAUUUUUCCGGCACUGAAAUCUCAGACUUUCUUUCUCCCAACUUUUUCAAGGGAUUA